GGGGCGAGCGGGGUCGCGAACCCGCCCCAUGGCGGAACCCCAGGCCGCGGCCCUCAUUAACCGACUCCCGUGGAGCCGUCCGCUCUUAUUCCUCUCGGCCUAGCGUGAUGCCAAGACCACGUCGGUCCUGCUGUAGUUCUCGGACGGAGGGGCGCACCACUGUCUAGGGAGCUGUGGCUCCUCGCUCCUUUCUCCCCCUAUCCCCGGCCUGGAAACUUGGCUUCCCAUUCCCAUGGACGGGGACAGACAGGCCAGCCCGGGGUUGGGGGUGUCGAGGGACGCAUCUGAGUCGCCAACCCACACAUCCAGUGCCUGGGCCAGCGCUGGACAAGAGGUAGCCAUGACAAGCUCCCCUGUCUCCAGAGUUGUUUACAAUGGCAAGAGGAACAGCAGCCCUCGCUCCCCAAGCAACAGCAGUGAGAUCUUCACUCCUGCACAUGAGGAGAAUGUGCGCUUCAUUUAUGAAGCAUGGCAGUGUGUGGAGCGGGAUCUCCGCAGCCAAAUGGCAGGUGGUGAACGGGGCCUUGUGGAGGAGUAUGUGGAGAAGACUCCAAACCCCAGUCUGAAGGCAUUCAAACCUGUUGACUUGAGUGACCUAAAGCGGCGGAACACACAAGAUGCUAAGAAAUCCUAAGGUGCCCUGGCCGGUCCAGCCCCAAGCGCUGGUGUGUGGCCAUUGGUACAUGAAUUUGAUGACUUUGUGUUGGUUUCCUCCUUUGGUCUGGAUUGUGCCUGGGGCUGGCUCUGAAUUUCCUAGGAAGGGGUAGGCUUUCUGCCUUUCCUUCACAGCACCCCCUGGCCUGGGCUGCCUGCCUUCAUUCUACAAUUGGGCCCAGGAAUUUUCCUAUUCCCUUAGUAAAUGACAUUUUACUCUGAUGGUGGCCAAGAGGCUAGUGUGUUUGUCCUGUCCAUCUAGGAGUGUGAAAAAAGACAGAAGAAUCAGAACAACCAGACCUAGUCUUUUCCUAUACCCCUCUCAAAGCCCAGCCCUUCUUUGGGAGAGGCUGAGAGAGGAUGAUGAAACAGAAGCAAUAAAGGUUUCUGUAGUCCACCCUAUCAAUACAUGGAAUUUAGGUGGAUACAGUACAAUACCUAUAUUGCUACCAGUAUCCUCAUACAAUACCUGAGCUUUGGAUCUGGUGGAUGAAGGGUGUUGUGCUACCAUCUCUGUAUGUAUAUGUUCAGGCCCUUGGGACAGUGAUGGGGAAGAGCAGAAAAUGGACUGAGGUGCAAAGUCCCUCAAGGGCAACCUCUCUUGGGAUUUUGUUGCAUAGGACAAAACUGAGUGGUCUCCCUUAACCUAUGCUAAGAAGGUGCUCUGACUUCUGUUGUCUCUACGCUCUGCUGACUUGUAGCCCCAGCCAGGGGGCAGGUGGCAUUUCUGAGCUAGCCCCAGAGCCCAGCCCCGUGCCCCAGCAGGGCUGGGGACAGCCUUGGUGUGUGCUGGGCAUUGACAGAUAGUGGCACUGUCCAUGCUUGUUGCUAGCCCGGGCAUUGAUGUCGGGGAUCCUGCCCCAGGGUGGGUAGGCAAGGGGCAUGGUGGCUGUUCCUUUCCCUUUGUUAUGUCCCCUCUUGGUCUGUGUCUGUCCUUAAGGAGUGUUGUAAAUAAAAGCUGGUUAGUCAUUUUGA